AUGGCGGUAGAGGUGACAGCGAACAGGCAGGGAUACCUGCAAAACACCAGCGAAUAUAUCGCACGGACAGAAAGAGGCGAUUUCCUAGUGCAGGUGGCAUGGCCCUUGUGCUGGAGCGAGGAACGUGUGCGGCCAGAAGAUGACACCCGGCCGGUCUCCUCGCUGUAUCUCGUGGAUGGCAACGCAUUCUUCUUCACAGCAGUGGACAUUACAAGGCGCCUGGAAUUUACCCACAACUCGAGAAACGUGGUUGUAGCUGUCGGCUACCCCAAGUCCAAAUGCAUCUACGACUGGCGGAGGGGACCUGAUCUCACACCGCCCACUCCCGAUGGCCAGUACACUAUGCCUCUCGGCCAAGACGGAAAAUCGAGAACAGAUCUGUCGUUUGGCGACGGCGACAAGUUCCUCGACUUUGUCCAGAACCACGUCAUGGCACAUGUACAGGACAACCUGUUCCCACGUGUGCCUCUGCGGAGCGGACGCAAGGCUCUCUUCGGCCACUCCUACGGCGGCAUCUUUUCCCUACACACGCUGUUUACCAGAACCGAACUCUUUGACUUUUACAUAGCCGCGAGUCCGACAAUCUGGUGGAGCGACAACGCCUUGGUUAAGAAUCAGGAAGCUGAGCUUCAUCGUCGCAAGGAUCCUGUAGAUCCGGCUCCGUCUUUGUUCCUUACAUGGGGAGAUUGUAAUGACGAGUUGGAGAAACGACAAGAUGAGUCUGAAGAAUCUUUUCAGAAACGGAAAGCCAUUGCGGAAGGAAAAGAGAUGAGGGAGAGUGUGGCUUCGCUGGUGAACCGCUUACAAGAGUGUCCAAGCGUAAAGGACAUUUGGACCUGCCACUUCCCGGAUGAAGAUCACUGCAGUGCGGCGGUAGUAGGCCUUCAACGAGGCAUGAUGAAAUUCCUUGUUGAUAUGAACCAAUAG